CAAAUAUUGAAAUUUUAAAGUUAAAAUGAAUUGAGGCUAUCCAAAAUGGAUCUCUCAUGAUGAAAUGCCUAUCUGGAGCAUUGAUGCCCAGCCCAAUGGGUUCCGGUUAUUGACAGCAGGUGGAGAUAAUAAUAUUAAGGUCUGGAACAUCCUCCCAAUUAUCUCUUCAAAGUUUGAAAUUGGAGAAGGGGAUGAUGAGGAUGACCAGAAUGCGAAAGAAAAAGUCCAUGUCCAAUAUUUAGAGUCCCUAUUUGACAAAGAAGAGCAAAAAUCAGAGAAAUUAUUAGCCACGCUUAAUAGACACACCAGCCCAGUCAAUGUAGUGAGAUGGAACAAGUUAGGAACAGUUUUUGCAAGUGGUUCAGAUGAUGGAACAAUCUAUAUAUGGCACUACCGCGGUUUGAAAAAGGGAUCGUUUCAAAAUUCUGAUAAAAUUGAAGAAGAUUGGACUACAGCUAAGCCUCUUAGAGGGCAUAAUGACAAUAUCUUCCAGGUUAGUUGGUCUCCAGACUCUGAACAUCUUAUUUCCUGUGGAGUUGAUGGUAAAAUAUACGUGUGGAAUAUAUUUCAAUCAAACCCUAUCGAAGUGCUACAGGCCCAUGAAAAAUAUGUAAAUGGAGUGGUUUUUGAUCCUUUCAACCGGUAUUUCAUUUCACAAUCUACUAUGGAAAAGAAGAUAAUUGUGUGGAAAAUCCAUGAUAAGUUUUCAAAGUUUACAAAAGAAAAAGAAGUCUCGGAGCCCUACUUAAGUAAUAAGAGUGCUCCCUCACAAUUUUCAAGGCUAGAUUGGUCCCCUGACGGCCAACUCAUUGGAACCAACAGUGGAUCUGUGAGAGGAGUCUUUACCUCCCCCUUAAUAAGAAGAGGUGAAGGAUGGCCAAUUGAAGGGCAUCUCAAAGGCCACAGAAAGAACGUUAACAUAUGUAGGUUUAACCCUUCCUUGAAAAAGGAAAUCAUCCAUGUUGAUGGUAGAGAGACCAUUUCAUGCUCAACCUACUUAGCGACAGCAGGAGGAGAUGGAAACAUUGCUAUUUGGAAAACAGGGGAUAAGAAUCCCUUCUUCAUCCUCAAGAAUGUAUCAGAAUCAGGGAUUAGCGAUUUAGCAUGGGGGUUAAAUGGGAAUCUUCUCUUGGCAUCAUCUGUCGAUGGAGAAAUAGCCAUGCUGCAUUUCUACCCCUACACUUUAGGCGAAUUUUGUACAGAUAAGCAGAAGCAAGAUAUUUUCCUGUCAAAUUACGGAGAGAUUGUUGCAUCAGAAUAUAAAAAGAAUAGCCAAUUUACAGUAAAAUCCCUUCCAGAUAUGAGCAAAAGUGUACUUGCCGGUAUUCGGAACAAACAGAUUAACACAGUUGGGACAACAGCUAAAAAGAGAAUUAUUCCAAUAGCUGAGCCAAUAAUAUCAACUGAGCUAAACCCUCGCGAAUUUAGGUUCAAAUAUAUCGAUUUUAAAACCAAUCAGCUUGAGGAAAAGCUAGAAGAGAUGAAAAUCAUGCUACCCUCAGCCCAAAGGACUUCCCCACUAAAGUCUCAAAUAUCUGCCGAAGAUGCUUCAAUGAGCCUGCCUAUUGCUGAGAAGAAAGAAGAAUUCUCAAAAGACAUUCCAAUGGAAGAAGAGGCCUCUGAAAUAGCUAAGCCCUUAAGUGCUAAAAGAAAGCUUCUCAAUAAGAAGGAGGAGAUAGCUAAAGUUGCAGAGGAACAACAAAAAGAGAGGGAUAAAGAUAUUCAAAUUUUUAAGAAAAAUUUAGCCCUGCUUAAUGAAAAUCUACAUGUUGUCCAAGACCUUGAAAAUUAUUGGACACAUUUCAAUAAUCCUCCACAAGAAAGAAGGAUCAGGAUUGUGUCUAAUCAGAUCUUCUGACAGCCAUUCACCUUACUAGUAGCUAAUGAACUUACUGAGAAUACUUCAGGAGUAAUACAGGCUUUGUUUCAGCCGAAAUCAACUAUCGAGAUUACCCUUUUAACAUUAUCAGGCGGGAUAAUUUACAGAAAGGAAGAUGUGAAUAACCAAGCAUUAGCGGUCACUGCGAACACUGAUUUCUUUGCUAUUUACUCUAAGAAAGGGUCUAUUCAAAUAUAUGAUACUAGUGACGGCUCCCUAAUAGUUCCUUACUACAUAAAGACAAAUCUAGUGUUUCUAUCCUCAUACACAAAUGGCAAUCUUGCAUUUAUGGAUUUAUCAGGCAAGAUUACUGUGAUUAAUGUGUAUGAAAAACGCCAGUUGUUCGAAGAACCAGACCUAGUCAAAGAACUGCUUACACAGCUCACGAAUGAGUACAUCUUGGAGAAGAAUAUUGUAAGAGAAAAGGAUGAACAGUCCUUGCUUUACUAUGUCAGUCUAUUUUACCUUCAGGAGAACAACCUCUACAUCCAGGCGGCAAAUAAAGGUGACAGCUUAGAUCUAAAUAUUUAUUGAUUAAACACAGAAAUGAGGAACUGGGAAAGGGUAAACCACCUCUCUAAGUGUAUUAUCGACGAUGAGAACUCAGGCAAUAUUGCCUCUGUGAUUCCUAAAGAUGAAGCAGAGGUGGAUGGAGUCGCAGAAACCACUGGUUUGCCAAUUUCCCAACAAAAACGAGAGAAGGCAUACUUCAAGCUUGAUAAAAAUACUGAAGAACUCAUGAAAUCUAUUAAAUUGGGUAUUGAUUACCUUGAGAAUGAUAAGAUGGAAGAUGCCAAUAAGAGAGAAGACCUAGAAGCCCUAGAAGACCAGUUACAUCUUUACGAAAGAUUAGAGCAUAAAGAAGAGUACUUCAUCACUCUUGAGACCUACCUGAUAAAAUGAGUCCAAGGAGCAGAAAUCGAAAGGUUGACCAAAAUCAUUGCUAAAUAUGAUAGCCAAUACAAGGUUCAUAAGAAAUUAAAGCUGGAUAGUACGAGAUAUGAGGAGUUCUUCCUGGGGAUGCAAAAAUCAGAGAUUUUAGAGAAGUUUAUCAAGCCCAAAAUCGCAUUUAAUGCUGAACUGGAAAAGAAAUUAUUUGGAUAAUAACUUUGUUUCAA